AUGAGCCAAAAAAGCGCCAGGGCCAGGGAUCACUCACUUUCUUGCUGCGUUUCUCUCAGGUGGCCAGAGCUCGGCUUGGAGGAGCGGAUCCAAGCCGUUUGGGAGCACGUUCUGGCGCAACAGCAGGAGCAGUCCAAGCGCGAAGAGGAGGUGGCGCGACUCACGAAGCUGCUGACCCAACAACGACUGGACAAGAAUUUGAAGCCCAACUGCUGGAGUUGCGAUCAGCUGCUGCUGGACCUGGAUGCAUUGCUGCGUGCCCUGCAGCGGAUUUGCCUAGCAGCGAUGGCUGGCUCGGAUCCCAGUGGAAGGCCCAGUGCCCUUCAGUCGGACCGCGCGGUGGUGGCCAAGGUGGCCGCUGUGCUUACGGCGGUGGUGAACGAGAUCGAAGAGUCCGGUGGGCAGGCCGAGCACCAACUCAAAGAGCUGGCGGCUUACUUGGCAUGGGUUUCUCUUCAGUCAUCCAGUGCUGCUUCUUCGCGGUUCAGAGCCGUGACGUGA